GAGUUGUCAGAAUUGAGCGCCAGUGCCAGUGACCCUGCACCAAUCCAGCUAAAUGCUGCAGAUCUCAAGCUGCAGAGGUUGGAAUUGCAGGUGGCUGCAGCCCGUGAAUGCCACCACGAUGGACGUCCUGUGGCCACUCCUCAAGUUUCCUUGGGCCCCAAGCCUGCCGUGCCACUCGAAGAUCUUGCAGCGGGCCUUCGUGAGAUGAUGGGCUUGGAGGACAACACCAGCAAGCUGCAUGCUAAGAAG